UACAAUUAAUAAUGGCGGUAUUAAAAGUAGACUCUAUAAUGAUGGUGUACAAAUGAUUUUACCACCUUUAUUGCUAAUUAUUCCUUCCUUUAUUAGUCCUCUUCAAACAUAUUCCCAUCUUUUCUUUUUUAUAUUAAAGAUUUAUACUAUUUUAAUGAUUUUUGCUUCAUUUUGUUCUUUGUCAACUUCAAUUUAUGAAUUUCGUAAAAAUAAUUACCGUAUCCCUAAUGAAAAUGGCCAUAAUAAUACCCUUAAAAGUAUUUAUGAGAAGUAUAAAAUAUUUGCUGUAAUUAUUGCUUCCAUUAAUUUUUUAUUCAACUUCUUCCUGUUAGUAGUUGUUGCUUUAACAUAUGGCUCAGCAUCUUUUCCGUUCAUUAUGUUAAUUAUUAUCGUCAUCCUUCAAUCAAUUGGGAAUCUUCAUUCCAUUAGAUUUAUUAAAUAUAUUAAGGAAAAAUUUUCUACAAGUUCACAGGAUAUAAACGCUAUAGAACUGCAGGAUGAAAAUGCAUCAAUGAUAGAAAAAAUUGAAGCUACAGAGAUUACAAAGCGUCAUCAAAGUGAUAAAAAGGAACAGCAUAGUACUUUUGCUUUGGGUUAUACUAUACGGACAUUACACUUUGCUACAAUUACAUAUUUCUUUUCAAAUAGUAAUGCAUUUCAGUGGGUGACCGGUGCUAUCCUUUUUUCAGCACAAACAAGUUUGCAUUUUGCUAGUUAUAGUUACGAUUUAAAAGAAAAUAAUUGUAGAAAAUCUUCAUUUUUAUGCGAAUUAGAUCAUUAUUUCCAUGUUAAAGAUAAAAAAAAUUCUAGCUGUUGUUGUUAG